UGCUGUCCAAUGAGUGUAGAGCUUGUUGGAGGGUGGAGGCGGUUGUACCUGGAGACAACAGGCGCCAUGUUGUGGGUAAGGACAAUCGGGACGGCGCUGAGGAGUGGUUCCCGGUUUCUGCAGGGCCGGAGUCCUGGCAAGCCCUCGGUCAGGAGAGCUGGUGGUGGACCACAUAUUGAGCCCCAAUAUCGACAGUAUCCACAAUUGACCAAAAAUCAAGUACUGGAGGCUGAGUUUCUUAGUGGUUUCAUGUGGUUCUGGAUUUUCUGGCACCUAUGGCAUGAUCCUGAUGCAGUCCUUGGUCAUUUUCCUUAUCCUGAUCCCUCCAAAUGGACUGAUGAGGAGCUGGGCAUACCUCCAAUUGAUGAGGAAUAACCUGAACUAGCUUUGAAAUGUUCACCAGAGAAGAAAUGUAGCACUGAGCUAAUAGCCAGGCUAAGAAUCAAAGUCUGAAUCUUUUUCUAGUCUGCAUGCACGAUCCAUGUUAAAUAGUCACUUCACCACAGAGCCACUAGGCAACAAUUCUUUUCUUGUAAAUACUUGUUCAUUUUAAGAAUACUUGG